AUGAGUCCUGGCCGCCCCCCGGCCCCCCUCCGCUGCCCUCCCUCACCGAAUCGCCGCCGUGAAAGGAAAGGAGAAGAGGGGGAACUCCCGCUCCCGCCGCCCCCGAUAAAAAGCCGGCGAGAGGUCCCGCCGGCAACCCGGCACCGCUUCUCCCCUCCCUUACCCCGCACCGCCACCGCCACCGGCAUCGCCACCGCCGCCACCAGCAUCCCCAGCAUCACCAGCAUCCCCAGCGGCAUGGAGCGGCGCGGCCGUACGGGCAGCGGCGGGCAGGCAGCGCCGCGUAGCGCUGCCGGCCGGCUCUGCAGGCAGCGGGCAGGGAACCGGGCGGUGCUGCCCGUUCUCUGCCUGACCCUCGUCUUGCCCACCCCCGGCCGGGCUCUGCCGCCGCCCCCCCCCCGCUCCUCACCGCCUCGCGAGGGGUUGAACCGCUCCCGGGAGUUGCUGGAAGCCGCCGACGCUUCCCUGCAUCGGCUGAAGGAGCUCGGCACCCUGGGAUUUGAGUGUACCCUUGAAGAGGUUGAUCUUGAAGAUAUCACUAAGAAUCAAACCAACACGAUAAAAGCUUGCACAUCUGAGGAUCCAGGGACUGGAAACUGUCCAGUACUGGAAAGAUCUACUUUUGAUACGACUAAAUGCCUGCGGGGCAUCUAUGAGGAUCUGAAUGCCUACAGGGCAGAGCUGAAGAACUUCAAUGAUCAAAAGGUGCUGGCAAAGAUUGAUGAAAUGAUGAAAGCCCUGAAGACCAGCAGCGGGAGCGUGCCGCAGCCGUCGGCAGGCGCGGGGCUGACCUCCUUCAAGGAGAGGAUGCGGCUCUGCAGCAUCCUUCACGCCUUCCGAAUCCGCACGGUCACCAUCAACAGGAUGAUGAAUUACCUGACCUCGGCAGAGAGCUCGCUGUAAGCGCCCAGCCCGCCAGCACUUUGGGCAUAA